CUCCUCGUCGAUUAAUCGAUUUUUCAUUCUGUCAUUCCGGGAUGUUGGCGAACGGAGGAAAAACAUAAUUAUCGGCAUUUUUUCUACAAUUUCUGUGUCCCCUCAAUGUGUAGUGUAGAGUGUAUCGUGUGUACAUUUCGCCAAGAUAGCGAGAGUGUCUAGAAGUUAUCGCGCUGGUCGUGUAAACAGCCUCAAAAUCUCAUCCAGUGCUCUUCCAGUGUCCCGAGAACAAGGAAAAAUCGCCUUUUUGCGUUUCCCCACGGCGCCGCGAGGGGCGCCCCCAUCCAGAAUGUCAAUACGCACAAGGAAGAGGAUUUAAGUGGAGGAAAAGCAGAGAUUUUCGCUUGAAAAUGAUGAAGUGGUGACGGCGCGAUGGAGGCGAGCGGGGAGACGGCCACCCUGCGGCAGGGCCAGAGUGGCCAGGCUGUGAUGAGGUCAAGGCCGAGCAGCCUGCUGGGGCCCGAGAGGGAGCCCGUGAAUUUCAAUGUGAGCCUCGUUGGGGCGCCGCCAGAAGUGGAGCAGCUUGUGGAGCACAUAAAGCAAGUUGCUGAGCAAUUUCUCUAUCACUGGAAGACAUUUCCAAUUGUUCUGCCCAGUCCGCUAUGCGGCGGCAACAGUACAUCGUCCGCGUCCUCUAAUGGGAAUAGGAAAUCACGUCCGAUAAAUCUGCGUGACUUGUUCGUGGCACCGCCUUUCGAUGAGUUGGACGCCGUGGCGGCCGAUGGCAGCGGCGAGCCGAGGAGAUUGACCAACAAUCAGCUGAAAUCACUGCGAGAAAGAGGCUUGCAAAAGGAUAAAUUUGGGAAACCGAAGAAGCUAAGUUUGGAGCAAUUGGAAACGAUACGCUCGACAGGGGAGUUUGAAGUGGCGAGCUUGAAUUUUCCCGGUCAAGUGCAUCGCUGGCGGCUUUCGCAGCUGCUGCAGAAGGGCUGCGAGCGUGCCCACGAUUCUCUACUCAGCGAUUUGGCACUUGCGGCACGUUUCAUUGUGGUGACGGCCAAGUCACGUCUUACGGGGCACUUUUUCAGCGUAGCGCAGGGCGCGCGGGCGUUCUUUGACGGGCUGAUCAAGAUACUGGACAUGCUCGUCGGGGUGCCGUCGCUGAUGGCACACAAUCUCGAUUACAAGAUUAAGGAGGAGCGCUGUCGCUUCCUGGUGGCGGAACUUGUGUGCCGGCCAGAGUAUGAGGAUUGUAUGGAUUCACUGACGACUUAUGUGAGACACCAACUGAGGCGGGCGACAAUGGAGAAGUUCGAAGUGGAGUGCGACACGAAUGCGCAACCUAUUCCGUAUCUCUUCCUCACGCCAAAGGGCCAGGAGAUUGACUUGAGGCUGUUCUCGCGCGAUAUCAUGAGAAAGACGCUGCCAAUACUGAUUGGCAUCCUCGAGAGGGAGACGCGCGGGUGGUUUCUGCACUUUCGUGAGCGUCUCAUUGCCGAGAUGAGGGAGAAGAAGAUGCCCGACGAGGAGAUUGAAGAGGAAGUGAACGAGGCGGUGAUGAAGGAAUACUUGCAGCGCGUGUACAGCUCUAUCCUGUCCAACACAGAUCUUGAGGAUCUGGGCGUUGGCGUGCCGCAAUUGCUGGUGCAGCAGGCUCAAUCUGUGGUGAUCAUGCACAAGGCAGUGGAGAAGAUUCAGCGCGAGUUGAAGCACUGUCGCGAGGAGCAGCAGAAGAAUCUCACGGAAGUUCAUCCAGUGCUGUCUCGUGUUGCUCCGUGGCUGCGCUCGCGCUUGUCCUCUGCCGAGCUGUCAAAGCUCACCAAGACCACAUGGUCAGCUCACGAAGAGGCACUGAAGGGCUGCUCAAAGCACAAUCUUCAGCAGACGGCGUACUUCCUCAACCGCGACAUGGUGUUUAUGAAGGAGCGCGAGCCGGUGCUGCUGAAGGAGUUGCGGAACGCCAAGACCCCCACGAGGAACUUCCAGUGGCCGUGCAGAAUUUGGGCGCCACAAUCGUGGAUUAUCAGAAGGAACUUCCAGGGACAGUCAGAAGUGAUUCCUACGGUGAUUUGCCAGCAAGCCACGUCCAUUGUCACGCCACGCAGUGACCCAAGCCAGCCAGUAUUCCUCGUGGAGAAGGAGAUCAAUCGCACCACGAGCACGCGCUGGCCUCUGUGGCGUCUGCUGAAUCUGAUUCAGCGCACGUGGUGCUGGACGUGGAACAUGAUGUUCCUCCUGGGCAUCGUGGUGCCGUGGUGCAGUCCUCUGGGAUUGCGAGCGUUGUUCUGCAUGAAACCAUUCAUGCACGAUCUGGAAUUGUCACAGAUUAAUGGCACACUCUUUCCACGGAAGACGAGCAUCACGCAGACAAUGGCGUCUCGUUUGUUGGAGCUCUGGAGACACAUAUCAAAGGCACGAACACACUUUGAGACAGAACCGGACACGGGCUUCAUCGGGAAAGGCAUGACAAGACACAUGAAUCGUGUGUGGAAUUAUGUACUGAAAGGCUUCCUUGGGACACUCCUCAUUAUCUUUAUCUUCCCGCUAUUGUGCAUCCUCGUCAGCCUCGCGAGUAUUGCUGGUGCAAUCACAGCUCCACUUUGGGUGCCAAUAGUGACACUGCUUCUGCACAUUUACAUGAUGCUUAUCUACGAUUUGGACUGUCCGGAGUCGUCGAGGAAUCGCUACUGUGUUCUUCUGGAGGCUGUUGUGUGGAAUAUUGUUGUGCAAGGUUGCUUUCAGCCGCUGCUGGCCGUCUUAGUGGCCACUUGCAUCUGUCCGCUGACUUCUGUGGCCGUUCUCUGCGUCGGUCUGACACGCUACUGGCUGAGACUUCUCUGGGAUUCCAUGACAUUUCACCUGUUCAUCAAGAAGUGCGGUCGCGUGCCAGCGAGUGACAGUCUGGCUGUGCGUCGCAUUGCUGGACCGGGAUUGGCAUUGGAUUACUACUUUGUCAUCAAGCCCGAACAAGCACUAGCGGCAUUUGAGGCGAAGAUGGAGAUGGAAGAGCUGAAUGCCUUCGAAUUCGCCAUGGAAGCAGUGAUAAUGCAGCCUCAGAAGGACUUCAGUCAGUUUGUGAAGGCUUGCUUUGGACCAUUUUCAGCGGAGCUGUCCAAAACGGGUCCUUAUCGGAAUCUUGAGCGUGAGAGCAACGAUCUGAUUGCCUCACUGCGAGAGAAGCUAGAGAAGAGACGCAGAGAUUUGCAGACUGGCCUCACGCCGGCCGUGAAGGCGAAGAUCAAGAUGACAACGAUGGAUCUGAAGAUUGCCAUUCAGCAAGGAGCUCAUUUGCUGGAGAGAUUCUAUCCAAGCCAUGUUUUGCCGCACUUGUCGCUGUCUGAGGAUGAAUUUUGGGAGACGAAAGGCAUAUCGCAUGGAGAUUGGGCAGGAUUAGCGGGUGUACACUAUGUGGAGAUCUUUAGUCUGGACUUUCUCACGCCCGCCGGUGAUUCGGAGACACAGUUCAAGCUGGAGGCUCAUCAGCAGCUCGAUCUGUCGCGCUACAGCGAAAUGGUACAAAAUGCUAGCGAUAUCAUGGGUGUGAAUGGACCGGAUUUGCUGGGCAAUGUCUAUGCUCCGCGCGGGAAUAUCCAAGUGCACUCGCCAUAUCUCGAGGUGUCGGCUUUCAAUCCACGCUCCAGGAUCACAAUGAACUUCCGGAAGGCGGAGAAGCGACAUGACAAUAUUCCAUCGGGUUUGACCACACCGCGAGUGCGCGCACGGCGGCAACAGCCGGUGAGCAACACCAAUCCGCCAUGGCGGCCGUGGAAGAGGAAACACGGCGAGUUGAAUCCGGCUGAGAAGCUGCUUAUCCCACUUCCAAUUCCACAUCCAGUGCAUAUUGCCAUCGCCAUCCACAAUAGGGACUCUGAACAACCCAUUCCUCUGGACUCAGAGCUCUGCUGGGAGAUUCUUCGCGCCAUCGAGGACUGCCAAGGCGAUUUGCAAGCCGUGAGUGCGAUCGCACGUUUCCGCGGCGGUGUGGCGGACUCGAGCUUGGACUCGCUGGGAUCGCAGACGUCGGAGGACAGCAAUGAGUCGCGGGAGAGCAUCGCAGCCGUGACGGGAGCAGCACUGGGCACGACGGAGACACUGCCAUGCGGCACGACAGCCGUGCAGACGACGCAGUCGGACAACAAUUGCUUCCACUGGACGCUGAGCAACUGGGGCGCGGCGCAGGCGGCCAAGCGUCGCAACACUUCCGGCACCGUGCGCGUGGACCUGGCCAGUCCGGAGGACAUCUCGCUGGACACUGAUAGUUCCAGAGCGAUGUACAGUGGCGGCGCGUAUGGCACGAACGUGUAAUCCAAUUGCGCGCGGGAUUUGUCUGUGCACACAUUUAUCGUUUCUCUUCUUUUGCGUUUCUGUGUGAUAAUUGUCUUGAAAAGGAUUAAUUUCUCUCUACAGAGUUCAAUUAUUUGGUAUAUUUAGGGGUUUAAGUGAUGGAGGUGUUGAAAACAGCGCAAUCCGCCCAAUUUAUUUGGUUUCUUUUGCACACAACUUUCUCACCCGCAAUAACGGAUUUCUAAAGAGGAUUUAUUGAUUAAGGAGGCAAGUUUAUAGUAGUAAAAUCUAGUCUAAAUUGCAUACAAGAGUAGAAAAAAUCAUAAAAUGAAUAUCAAGAUGAUUUACAAAAAGUGUUUACACAUUUUAGAGCUAUAAUAUUACUUAUAUUUCAUAUACAAUUACAACUAGACGUAAUCUAUUAAUAUAUUAUAUAUAUAUAGUCUGUAAUUGACAACGUAAAACUUACCCAACACCAAAAAAGUGAGACAUAAAACAUGAACAAAUAUUGACGAAAUAAAACCAUUCAUGCUCUCUAUUCUGCACAUCAUAAAAUAUUCCUUCGAAGUUGUUUGCAAAACACGUAGAAUUAAAUGUAGAAUAGGAAGUAAAAUUGACUAGAAUUGUCAGCAAUUAUUCGAAUCUACCUGAUAAAAAAGAAGCCUAGAAUUAAACUAUUAUGAGUUAAGGAAUUUUUGCACAAUUUAUCUCUGGAUGAAAAAUAAUACAUUCUCAUUGCGACAUUACCGUGAAAAAAAGGACAAAUUUUUUUCUUGAAGAAAAUGAAAAAUCCAAGCAAAGUGUUUCAAAUGCUAGUCAAUGAAGGAAACUCGUUUAACUAGAAAUCUACAUGAUAUUUCCGUUUUUUUGUAGAAUUGGCGAGAGCCCAGACAAAAUGUAAUGAAUAAAA